AAUGUGCUGGGCUGGAUGGAAGACUCGGAGGUGUAUAUAAGGCGCCCGGUGGAGUUGAGGAUGAUAUUCGCAGUCUAACUUUGCAUCCUCCAACAACAUGAAGACUUCUCUUGUGAUUUUGGUUUUGAGCGCCGUUGUGGCCGCUGUUGUUGCGGAUGGCGAAUAUGCGCCACCUGCCUACGAGAAGAAGUACGACGGCUAUUUCCAGUACGCCAACGUGCCCAGCCAAUACGAGUACGAAUUCGGAUACAACCGCGGAAAUGCUGAUCACAAUCGCAACCAGUACGAGCAGUCCAAGGAUCACCGUUUCCGCACCAAGGUCAAGUGGGCUGAUAACUACGCCGGAUAUGGUGAGCACUACUGGGAAUACAACCAUGCUGAUGCUGGAUACAAAGCCCCCGCCUAUGAAGCCCCAGCUUACUCCGCACCGGGUUAUUCCGAGAACAUUCCAUCCUUCGAGCCAGCUCCAGCUGGUAAACAGUAAAUAACUGUUAUUAUUUACUGAACCGAGCUUGCUUCCAGCACUAAAACCAUAUGGAUAUCCUUGUCAUCAUCAUCGACAUUGUCACUCCAUUUAAAAAUCAUUUGUGCGGCCUUGUGUCUGCCGGUCAGACGCCUUAUCGAUCCAUCCAUUCCCCACCCGAUCGUCCCCAAUUCUCGUUAAUAAUAAUAAAUGUUGUUAAUAUUGGA